AUGGAUACCGUUCUUUCCAAUUCACCUGUGGCCAUGCCGCAAGGCGAACAGCCUGUAGUUCACCCUUUUUUCCGGAAAGAUUUCGGAACGCCAUCCAGACCUCCGCCCUCUUUAGAAAAUGCUACUGUUCCCCCGGCCGGACCCAACACCCUUCCUCCAAACGUGUCUUCGCCUUUAUUCUCAUCUUCCGACCCAACCAACACCGCUCAGAUGUCAUUGCCAUAUGCCCUGCAACCAUCGGGAACUCACGCGACGACUCUCUUGAGUCAAGAUGAGGACCUCAAUGCUAGCAGAAGCAAGAGGCGGAAGAUCGAGCGGACCAAGCAACCAGAACAGGAACAGCCUCUCCAAGCAGGCUUAUCUGGCUGGCUAGGGUUGGAAAUGCCCGGUUCUGUUGCUCCCCAAAUGCCAAGUAUGGGUGUGGAGCCGGGUAUCAUAUCUAUUGAACCGACACCAGCUCCAGCCGAACUCGAGUCUGCCAAGAAGAGCUUCGAUACAGAAUCAGCUUCCAAAGAUAAUACAGCGAUACCAGAUGGCUCUGCCAGGCCGCGGAAAAUUGUCAAGUUAAACACUAAUGGACGAUUGCUCAGCUCGCCUCCACGCAGCCCUCCUGAUACUACUGCUCCAAAGCGAACAGGUGGCAAACGUGGCCGGCCUCGCAAGAUGGAAGGCAGACUGGUGAUCAUCAGAUACACAACUGGAGCUGAAGGUAGCAUUGGGAAAAUUCUAGACGACAUACUCAGCGGCCGGAUGAAGCACAAUCCACGCCCCCUUCCUCCCACUGUGCCUUUACGACGCCCCGUCCAACCUCAAGUCAACGGGAACAAACCGACACAUCCAUUUUUCCUUAAAAAGGCACCUCAGAAGCCACCUGGAGAGGACACUCAGGAUCCUCAAUUGAGCACACACAGCCCGGAUCAUAAGGGAUCUUCCAACCAAGCGCAAACGAGCACCAUGGAAGCAAGAGAACAACGGCCAUUGAGAGCAUUAUCCUCUGUUUUUGGCCGUCGAACAAACAAAUUUCCAGAAUUGGUUCAUCCACUCUGGCCACCCCAAGAUCUCGUCCAUGUCAGAGCCUUUGAUCCGUCCCAAAUCACGCAGACGCUCCUGGCCAAUCUCGAAAAUGACCAUAAGAAAUCCAAAUCGCCAGCGAUCACUGUGCCCGAUGAAGAGAAUGCUCUCCUAGCGAGCACUGCUUGGGCACGGAAGGCUGCUAGCCUGUCAUUGCAUUUGCCAAAUGAAAACAAGCCAACGUUACGCCUGCCAGGGCGACAUGCUGCCAGUGGGCGUAUUCUGCAAACUGCGAUCAAUAGUCAAAUGUCUUGGUCUUUGCCUGCUCAACAUUCAUCUUGCCGUUCCCCUCUUCCAGUGAUCAAAAAGCUACAUUCUUCCUUGCUCUCAUCCGUUUCUGCCUUCGACUGUGGGAAGUAUGAAUCGCGGCUUUGGGCUCAAAAGUACAGCCCCACGAUGGCAGCAGAUGUUCUUCAAGUCGGCCAGGAGGCCCAUGUGCUUCGCGACUGGCUUCGGCACCUGAAAAUCACGGCGGUGGAUACCGGCAGGCCAUGUAAAGAAAGCGCAAAGUCGAAGGCCACCUGCGAUAAGAAACGGAAGAAGCGCAAGGCAAACAACGAGCUUGAGGGCUUUAUUGUCUCCAGUGAAGAGGAAGCGUCCGAAAUGGAUGCAAUUUCGGGCUCGGAUGAUGAGCUGGCGGGCAAUGUUACAGUCUCAGCACAGAAGACCGUCGUACGAUCAGGAGAUCUUGCCGUUCAUAGCCAACAUGGAGGCGAGAAAGGUCGGUUAGCCAACUCCAUCGUACUGAGUGGCCCUCCCGGCUGUGGAAAAACCGCUUCUGUGUAUGCGGUUGCCAAGGAGCUUGAUUUUGAGGUGUUCGAGAUUAACGCCGGUAGCCGCCGAAGUGCCAGAGACAUGCUCGAGAGAGUUGGCGACAUGACCCAAAAUCAUCUUGUUCAUUUGCUCAAUGAGACCGAUGAUUCCUCGUCCAGGUCUCGAGAUAAUACCACGACAGAGGACACCAAGCAAAACAAGUUGAUGACCUUCUUCAAAGGUCAACCAUCGAAAAAUACAAAGCCCAGCAACGCCACCACAUCAAAGUCAAGACCCUCACCUGAGAGUGAGGGUAAGCGCACCCGUGAGCAGAAACAGUCUUUGAUCCUGCUUGAAGAAGCUGAUCUUCUUUUCGAUGAAGAUCGCCAAUUUUGGACUGGAGUGAUGACACUCAUCAGCCAGUCCAGAAGACCCAUAAUCAUUACUUGCAACGAUGAAAGUCUUAUCCCAAUUCAAGACAUGUCUCUACAUGCCAUUUUGCGUUACCAGCGCCCCCCUCACGAUCUUGCGCUUGACUACUUGCUUCUGGUUGCAGCCAACGAAGGACACGUGCUGAAGCGAGAUGCCGUCAGCAAGCUCUAUAAUGCGUCUGGCAUGGACAUUCGAAGGUCACUGAUGGAUCUGAAUUUUUGGUGUCAGAUGGCUGUCGGGAGCGAAAAGGGAGGGUUGGAUUGGAUCCUACCCAUUUGGCCGCCGGGAGCCAAUGUGGAUCAGAAUGGGGAACGGGUGCGAGUCCUCAGUUUGAACACCUACGAGCCGUAUAUGGGUUGGUUCAACCGGGACACUUUCCUUGGCGAUGAUUCCCUGGCAAAAGAGACACAGGCUCUGGAGAACACAUUUCAUUGGUGGAGACUCGGCAUUCAGGAUGCAGAAGAUGCAGUUGGUGCGAGUACAAUGGAGUUGCUGCCCCCUGAUCAGUAUCAGUCGAUGUCCAAGCUUGAUCAGCUGGACUUGCUUGGCCGUGAAGCAGACUACUUGGACAUGAGGAGCUCACUCGAUAUUCUUUGUUCUGAAUGUCCAAUUGAUACGUUCAAGGAUGUUCUCGAUAUCUCGUCUCCACCAAUUCCGGAUUGUCACCGCUCCAAUUACGUCGACGCUUACCCACUUUUGCAAGCUGAUUUGCGACCUGAGUACUCUUUGCUGAGCGAGUCAGUUUGCACCACAUUCGAUUCCUUACUCUCUCGAGUUUUCCGCCCUGGUGCUGAGGAUAUCGAAUCUGCCAGUGCAGAUCGUAUCUUCAGUGGUUGGGCCAAGUCUGCCGCUCGCCGAAGCGUUUUACCUUCGACCGUGAACGGCUUUCGAAAGGUCUUUGAGCCUAUCAUGCGAGUAAAUCAUACCAUGCCUGUAGCGACAGGGCGGCUCGCCCCGUCCUUCGAAAAUGGUCUUGCGCCUAUCACCGAGGACAUUGCUCCCUAUGUUCGCGCGAUCAUGGUAUUCGAUGGUCGCCUGAAGGUGUACCGAGACAAUCUUUUUGCGGCUUGGGCACAAGAACAAGGAGUUGGUGAAAAACGCAUGCGGACUACCCGUGCCAGUCGGGCUGCUUUGGAGGGAGGCGACAAGACCUCGACUCGCAAGGAUAGGUGGUUUUCUGAUGACAUCAACUACUACUGGGUGCAAAGCACGGGUCGGCCCGAGUGGCAGCAUAUUUUGUUUCAGAUGGGCCACUUCCACGUUCAGCCUGUUUUGGAAGCGAAUGGAGGGAACAGUGACCAAGCUUCUAGUAACUAA